CGGCUCGGUUCCCGAUUCUACCGUCUUGAACGAACUUCGUUAUCUGCCGAUUCAUCUUCCGAAUCGGAUGACUACAAAUACGAAGCGUCCAUCGUCUCCCCCUAUACCCCACCAAAACCCCUCUCUGUUUCUCUCUUUCGUUUCCAAGAGCUGAGAAAAACACUCGCAAGUCCUAGGAGAGAAGACGAGACGGAAGCCCCCCAACGAAGUUUCGCCGUGAAUCAAUUGUUGUUCUUCGCGUUUGCUUCGACCCAGAAUUUGAUUGAUCUUUAAUAUGGGCUUCAAUUCAGUCUUUCGUGCUCUGCAGGAGGUAUUUCCCCAGGUUGAUCUUCGCAUACUAAGGGCAGUUGCUAUUGAACAUUCGAAAGAUGCAGAUGCAGCUGUUGAAUUUAUUCUUUCUGAAGUUCUUCCUUUUACAUCUAGUCCAUCACAGGCACCUGUUGCUCCAAAUGAUGACCAGGAAGUUGGACUUUUGUCAGCUCCAGGAGUUCAAUCAGAGGACCAUAGUUCUCUGCAGAAGCAUGAAGAAGAGGCUGAAGAAUCAAAUGCAGGUCCUUCAACUGUAGAAUAUGUGGGAGAUGAAGGUGACAAGGGCAUUGAUCAUACCAAUGAUUUGUUUUCUGUCGAUCCAGCAUGUGUAAAUGAAGGAAUUACUACUUCUGCAAUUUCAGAUCUUUGUGAUGGAAAUAAUGUUCAACAGUCAGGUGCAAAUGCUGAAAAUGAAGUAUUGAUUUCUUUGGCAAAGCAACAAGAUGUUUCUAUUGUGUUAGAUCUGGUUUCACAGGUGCCGUGUAGCCCUCUGAUGGAUGAAGAUACUAGUGUCCCCGAUCAUUGUACGGUUGCUCGUCAUGUUGAUCUUCAAGAUUUGAAUGCACCAGUAACUUAUGAUCCGCAUUCAGUUACUUCUGGAGAGAUUUGCCAUGAUCAAUUAUGUCUAGAUGCUAAUUCACUGGAUGCACAGAACCUAUUAGCUGCAGAUACCUGUCUAGUUAUUUCAUCAUCUUUUAACGAAGCAUCAGAGUCUGCUGCUUUUGGAAUUAUGCUGGAAAAUGAUGCCAUGGCUUCUCUUAGUGAAUGUGAGAAACAAGGGGCAAGUGGUUUGUUGGAGAGUGCUUCUGAACAAGUGAUCUUUGAUGCAGAAAUGGGUGAUGCUGAAGAUGCAUCCUCUGCUGCAGCUGUGGUUACUAGAUCUGGCCAAAUUUGUAGAAUUGAUCAUCUUGAAGAUAUUAUUAGUGAUGCCAAAAAUAACAAGAAAACCUUGUUUUCAGCCAUGGAAUCAGUAAUGCGGAUGAUGAGAGAGGUGGAUCUUCAUGAGGAAGCAGCAGAACAGGCCAAACAGGAGGCUUCUAAGGGAGGUUUAGAUAUCCUUGCUAAGGUUGAAGACCUUAAAGAGAUGCUACGCCAUGCAAAAGAAGCAAAUGAUAUGCAUGCAGGAGAAGUCUUUGCAGAAAAGGCCAUUUUAGCGACCGAAGUGCGGGAACUUCAGUCUCGUCUUCUUAAUUUGUCAGAGGAAAGGGACAAAUCUCUGGCAAUUCUGGAUGAGAUGCAUCAGGCUCUUGAAGCACGACUAGCUGCUGCAGAGGAAGAGCGAAGAGCAGCUGAGCAGGAGAAAUUGGAAAAGGAAAAAUYUGCACAGGAGGCCCUUGCUGAGCAAGAACUUGCCAUGGAGAAGGUGGUUCAGGAGUCGAAGAAGCUACAGCUAGAAGCAGAGGAGAAUUCUAAGUUACGGGACUUUCUCAUUGACCGUGGCCACAUUGUCGAUAUACUUCAAGGAGAAAUAGCUGUUAUUUGUCAGGACGUGAAGUUGCUCAAGGAGAAGUUUGAUGAGCGUGUCCCAAUCAGUAAGUCACUAUCAUCAAGCCAAACAAGUUGCAUCUUAGCCUCUUCAAGUUCAUCUUUUAAGAGCCUCACAACUGAAACCUUGGAGAAUACAAACUCAACACCAUCAACUGAUGGCAUAUCACAGAAGACCAGCCGUGAAGAAACAGUUGUCAAUGGUAAUCCUAAGGUGCUUUUGGAUGAUGAGUGGGAUCUUUUUGACGAGGCUGAAUUGUACAGCCCUGCUGCAAAAAGCCUGAUAUGACAGAGCAAGUGAUUCUAAAUUCCUAAAAUUUUAAGUUCUGUUCAUAGUACAUGCUAUAUUUAUUUUAGGCAAAAUAACGUCAGAGCAGGAAUAUUUGAACUUCAUAGUUUCAGUUGCAGAAGAACUCUUCAUGAGAGGAUUGGCUUGGUUUUCCUAUCACUAUGUUCAGAUAUCUUUUGUACAGUGAUAAUAUAAUUGAGUAUAGAGAUUCCUCUACCUGAGUUCUUAUGUUUAUAUCCAGGUAUCUUUUGUAUAAUAUAACUAGUUUGUAAUGCUUAGUGAUUACGCAUUACAGAGCUUCAUGUAUUCACUUCUUUUAUUCUUUUGGUUC